AUGAAUCCAUCACCACCUCCUCCACCAGGCGGACAGUACUUAACAGCUACUCUCCCUUCUGGUAUAACAUCCUCUGAUCAUGUUUACCGCUGGAUCAAUGAUGCCGACGGGUUCCGUGAUUCUUUUACUAGAGCUUCCAACGUUUGGCUGAAAAAUUCUCCAACUCCUGAGUAUCAAAGCGACAUUUACGGGACAGUGGAUAGCAAAGUCCCAUCAAUGAAGUAUUCUCACUCAGCCUUGGGAAGUGGAAGUGAUAUGCCUAUUAAUGGUUUUGGCCAGCAAGGUAUGCAGGCUGGACCGGGUGUAGAUAGUAAGAUAAUACGCCCAUAAAGUAUAUACAGAACAUGCUAACGCGCCAGGAAAUAAUCAACAGGCAAACGGAAUGACUUCUAACGUCCUCGCAACUCAAGAGCCAGCUAUUAACUACAGCAUAUCACGUAAAGCAUGGAACGACACGAAUAUUCCUACAGCUCGCCGAUGCCAAAACUCAGGAAUUGAUGCUAACUUGCGAGAUAAUGCGUAUCGGACCAUUUAUGAUGUAAAUGGCCGUGCAGCAUAUCCUUUUAAUCCGGUCGCAUUUCAACAUGGUGAGAUAGGUACUACUCUUGAACUUUUAGAACUCUCUAACAUUGACAUAAUAGGUAACAACCAAUAUCCCAACACCAUGAUGCUUAUGGAACAUACUUCAUUUGAAUCCCAUAAUAACAAUACGCAAGCUUGUGGUCAUUCAACAUUUCAGAAUGAAAUGACUACAGGUAUGAUGAGUACUAUGGGCAAUAAUUCGGCAGGUAUAAACAAAGGAGGACUGGCAGGUAACAAUAGCACAAUUCCUUCCACAUUGCAAUCAACUCGACAUGCAUCUUUUGCUUCGGAUCAACAAAACCAUGCACUCUAUAAUAGCAAUGUCCAAGCAGGCCUGAUUUCAGGUUCAGCUGCAUGUCUGAUCAGUGAGAGAACUACUAUUCGCACUUGCAAAAGUUGUACUAAUACCUUCACAGGUUAUAAUCAAGAUACGAGUAGCAUGGCUCUCCAUUUCAGGCACCGCCAAGUAAAUAACGUAGAUGGCUAUGGACAUGACUACGGGAGCAAUGGUACGAUGGCAAAGAUCCCGCACAUGCAAGGUAUCAAUGGACAUCAAGACGCAUCCACAUUCACAACACAACACGCAGUCCAAAACUACGAAGGCCACCUGAAUGUCAAUUUCCAUAAUAGUAUGGCACCAACUCAACAUGUUGUCAGGAAUUAUGGACAUCAUAUGCCGGUCAAUUAUCAUCACAACGCAAUAUCCCAGCAUCCGAGUGGUGCCAAUCGAGGUAGACUUUCCGAUGUACCUUUGAACAUAGCAGCAACUCAAUAUGACAUGCGCCAUGAUCAAGGUCAUAUACCUGCUACAAUUUAUGGCCAGAUGGGUGAUCGACCAGUUCUAGGUCCAGUUGAGAUAGACAUACAUGACGCCAUUGCCUCUGAUAUCAUGGUAUCAGAACAGGUAGUUCGCAAAGACCAAGGCCAUAUGCCUGCUACAUAUUACGGCCAGAAGGGUAUCCCAUAUCCCAACCAAACCAGUAAGUUAGGACUAUCCCCGCACUAACGGAGUGAUUUAAAAUUAUCGCAGAUACUGGUCACUACCAAUCCAAUAUGAUACCCAGCCCCACCCUGAUGCCUUCAUUCCCGUUUAAUGGCAACGUGGUGCCACCCACAACCGGUGCAUACCAUGGAGUUCCUUUCGACUUUGGCGCAACCAAUCCUCAAUACGAUAGGACUUUUCAGCCAGAUUUAAGAAACACCUUUGCUAACAAUGUUCGUCAAUUAAGGGUAGAUGUUCGGACUUUCGACGCGGGCAGGAAGUUGGGCCCUGUCUUACUCGGAGAGUUUGGGGUCUUCUGCCUAUUCCACCUCUUCCCCCAAGAAAUCCAGGACACAAUAUUUGAAUGUAUGUUUCCUGGUCCUCGAACAGAGCAUCUAGGACUACUUGUACACCAAAGCUAUGGAAGAUGUCGAGAAUACAGAGUUGAGUUACCGAUAACCUUGUUCAUUUGUCAGAGAAGUCGAUACAUCACCUUUCUGAGGUACAUCAUCAUUGAGAGGCCAAAGCAAAUCCAAAAUGCCAGAAAGAUCUAUGGUUUCCAUGUCACCAAGAUAUCUGGAACCAAGGGUAUCACUCAACCAAGACCUCUAUGCAUUGGUCCACAUGACACUCUUGCUAUCUCUGCAGAUAUACCUAAAUGGGCGUUGGAACAAACUUUUGAGUGGUUGGAAUAUCUUGACUUGAAGAUUCCAGGAGGUUUGAAGAGCAUCAAACAUUUGGAAUUACGAGAUAACCAUACUACGAGUACUAAUUUCCUCGACGAUGCUGUUGCGCUCUCAAACGUUGUCGGUCUAUUAGACUUUUCCCCAUUACUGCCAUCAAUCUUUACCAACGGCAUUUUGGACAAAUUUAGCGGCCUUGAAAAGCUGACGUUGACGAAUGUUGCAAAAGAUGGCAAAAACAGACACGCUCUUAAUGAAGAGGAAAUGGUAUUCUUGUGGUAUAUGAUUGCGGAUCAUCUUGAUAAGACGACAGGGCUCGGUGGGAAAAGGUUCGUGGAAACAGAAAACAUUGAGAUUAAGAAGUAUGAAAGAGUACUAGGCAAGAAAUUGGGCAUGGGUAAAUAG